GCUUCUCUGGCACAUCCACAUACCAGAAAGUGAGCUACCAAACAAUGUCUCAAAAAUCUGAGGAAGAGUCUGUCAUCAACUUCCAGCAGCAACAAAAGCUGGCAGUCUAUCAAGCAGCACUGACCAAAGGCGGUUCCAUCAUCCCUGCAGCAAAAAAGAGAAGAAGUCAUCCUGGCAACCCAGAUCCAGAUGCAGAAGUAGUUGCAUUCUCACCGAAGACACUGUUGGCAACGAACAGAUAUGUAUGUGAAGUAUGCCACAAGGGCUUCCAGAGAGACCAGAACCUUCAACUUCACAGGAGAUGUCACAACUUGCCAUGGAAGCUCAAGCAGACAAAUAGUACCGAGGCUAAGAAGAAGGUAUACAUUUGCCCUGAGGUCGCCUGCCCUCACCAUGAUGCAAGCCGUGCUUUGGGUGAUCUGACAGGCAUAAAGAAACACUACUCAAGGAAGCACGGUGAGAAAAAAUGGAAAUGCGAAAGAUGUUCUAAGAAAUAUGCAGUCCAAUCAGACUGGAGAGCACACACAAAGAUAUGUGGCACGAAGGAGUACCGCUGUGAUUGUGGAACAAUAUUCUCAAGAAAGGAUAGCUUCAUCACACAUCGAGCCUUUUGUGAUGCUUUAACUGAAGAUGACUCUAGAAUCAACCAAAGCCUUGCUGCCAUGGUGGGAAGUUUGCAUGGUCAACAGCAGGACAUCUUUCCACACACAAUACCUAGUGCAAGCUCUUCACCAACUGACGCAGUUGGAAACUUCUCUGGUCAUAACCAGAGUUCAGAUAACUGUCCAAGAUCUUUGUCCCCUUAUACUUUCAUUGCAAGAGGUACUUCGUUGUUCUCCAACCAGAUAUUACCAGACGAAUCUAGCAUUCCGAUAGAUGGCAGUGAACCAAAUUCUCCUUUCAUGUCCAUGAGCUCUCCAUACAUAUCAGCAACAGCCUUGCUACAGAAAGCAGCAGAGAUGGGAGCGAAGACCAGUGAAGAUCCAAUAUCACCAUUACUUCUGAAAGGUUUCCCGAAUUAUUUUAACACUAGAGGUCACAUUGGUAUUUCUUCAUCAAUCCUAGGGACCUCAACAGCUAAUAGUGCAAGAAAGAAGACUGUUGAAGACAACAACACCUACAUGAACUCAUUAUGGGCUGGUAGCUGCAUAAGACAUAAUACAGUGCCAUUGGUUGGACUUCAGCCAUUUUCCAUGAGGGUGGAAAAUAGAAGUACUAACAUGGUUGAUGAGGAUCACAUGCAGCAAAAUGCACAUGAAAGCAUUUUUGGUGUUAGAGAUAUCGGACUAACACAAGACUUUCUAGGUUUAGGAGGCAAUGGUAACAUCGAGAUGAGUGAUGAAACCUACAACAGGGAUACAGCAUUAAGCUAUUCUGAGGAGCGGCAGAAAUCUCAGCAAGAUAACUACUCUUACCAUCAUUAGUCUCGUACUCAUGAAUCUACUACCCUGGUGAAACCCAUUUGGGAUUCAAAAGCACAAAUAGUUUAGUUACAACAAUAGAUCACUUUUCAGCUGAUGUUAUCGAUUUAAGUAGUUCCUUCAAUAAUAGGUACUAGAAUAUAAACCAUAUUGUGUAACCGGAAAUAGGAAUAGGAGAUAAUUUCAUCAAAUUCUGAAGACAACAGAGCUGAAACACAACUGCAUCAG